GCUGCAGCCGUCUGAGGAUGGAGAUCCAAGACAGAACUGAUCUCUGUUUCCCACAUCUCCUCAACAGCUCCUGCAGGAAGCCCACACUUCACUGGUCUGAAGCCGUUCUCCUGAACUCUGUGCUGCUCUUCAUCUCACUGAUCACUGUAGUGCUCAACCUCCUCAUCAUCAUCUCAGUCUCACACUUCAGGCAGCUCCACACUCCUACAAACAUCCUCCUCCUCUCUCUGGGUGUUUCAGACUUUUUUGUUGGUCUCCUGCUGAUCCCAUUAGAAAUAUUUAGAUUUACAUUCUGCUGGUUUCUUGGAGAUGCCAUGUGUGUUUUGUUUUGUUAUUUAAUUUGUUACCUCAUCAGUGCUUCAAUCUGGAACAUUGUCCUGAUAUCAGUCGACCGCUACGUAGCCAUUUGUUACCCUCUGCAUUACCCCACCAGAAUCUCGUUGACCAGAGUCAAAUAUUGUGUUUGUCUGUGUUGGUUCUGUGCUUCUUCCUGCAGCUUUUUUUAUGCAAAGGAUGAGCUGAUUCAGCCUGGCAGGAGAAAUACCUGCAUUGGAGAAUGUAUACAUUAUAUGAGCUAUGCUGCAGGAAUAAACGAUCUAAUUUUUAAUUUCAUAUUUCCAGUAACAACCAUCAUAGUUCUGUAUUUGAGAGUAUUUGUGGUGGCUGUGUCUCAGGCUCGUGCCAUGCGCUCUCACAUUACAGUCGCCUCGUUUCAUUCAGUGACAUCAGGAACAAAGAAAUCAGAGUUAAAAGCAGCCAGGACUCUGGGGGUUCUAGUUGUUGUAUAUCUAAUGUGUUACUGUCCAUAUUACUGCUACUCUUUAGUUGGGAUUAGUUUAACUAAUACCCCUUAUGCAUUUUAUUUGUUUUUCCUCUUCUAUUUAAACUCUUGUCUGAACCCUGUGAUCUACGCCCUGUUCUACCCCUGGUUCAGAAAAGCUGUUAAAGUCAUUGUUACUCUACAGAUACUGCAGCCUGGCUCACAUGAGGCCAACAUACUGUGAAUACACUGAAGACUGAUAAUGAACAAAAUAAUGAAUAGAGAUUCAUUAUUUUGACUCUUUGAAUUAGUAGUCUGAAAAACAAAAAUUCACUGGGAUUUUUUUUGUAAAUUAUUAAAUAAAUGUUUACUGGUUGAGGGGAGGUGGGGACAAAGAAAAUUAGUUGAGCAUAAAAUACUUUUCUCUGCUGUAAGAUGUUAGACGUUAUCGCUUUUGAAUAUUGAAAAAAGUUCCUUCAACUUUUACACAUUAGCCCAGUGGUUCUUAACCGGGGUUCGAUCAAACCCUAGGGGUUCGGUGAGUCGGUCUCAGGGGUUCAGCGGAGCCUCCGCCACGGAGGUCAAGACACACCCGACUUAUUAUGUAAAUUCGUGAUGACAUGCCCGGUUGGCCAUCACUUGCUGCAGA